AUGGAGUUGGGAAACCGAGAGAAGGCUUUGUUGCUUUUGCAAGGAGAGACUUCAGUUGCUCAUGGCCGGUCAUGUGUUUAUAUAUGGAUGAAAGGACCUGCGGAAAAUCACGAACUACCUGAAAUGAAUGGUAAGGAGACACUGAAGUGGGCACCAAUGAGGGACAAUCUGGCUGGUGAGAAUUCAAGAGGUCACAUGGGUUUGCCUUCCUACUCCUUUCCGGGUGGUUUGGUGACUGGGUGGACUGAUUUGAAACAACAAAGCCACAUGCUAGGGUGGUUUGGUGCUCCCAAACAAGUUAUACAGCACCAAUUUUCAUAUCCAGGCCCACCAGUUCUUGUCAGUGAUGUGUAG